AUGCCACGAGUUGAAUUAACAGAAGAAGAAAAAUUAUAUAUUUCUAAAAAAAAUCUUUUGUUUAAAAGAUUUGUAGAGCCAGGCAGAUUAUGCCUUAUUGAGUAUGGUCCAUACGCUGGAAAGUUAUGUUUUAUUGUAGAUAUUGUAACCAUCACUCGUGUUAUCGUCGAUGGAGCAUUUAUUACAGGAGUGCCUCGUAUGGUCAUCCCCUUGAAAAGAUUAAAGUUAUUAAAGGAAAGAAUUAAAAUUAACAAAAAUUGUAAAAGUGGAUUUUUAAGGAAAACAGUUAACAGCACCAAGGUAUUAGAAGAGUUUAAUAAUUCAAAGUUGGGAAAGAAAAUGAUCAUCAAAAAAAAAAGAGAUGAAGCUACCGACUUCGAAAGAUUCCAAGUAUAUUUUGCCAAGAGAGAAUUAAAAAAGAAAAUGACAACCAUAAAAAAUAAAAAAAAUGGUGAAAAUAAAAAAGUUAAGAAAAAUGUACAAAAGGUUAAAGCUUAA